AUGUCUACUCUAAGGUCAAGAAGAAAGCAGGCCCCGGCGGAGCAGGUGCCUGAAGAUGCUGAAAUGGAAGAUGCGCCGGCAGCUGCAGUCGAGAACACCGACAACAUCGAAGCGACUGGAGAAGAAGAUCUGAUGCAAGACAAAGUAGAAGAGGGCGAUGAUAAAGGCGAGGAGGCGUACGAGGAGGAUGAGGAGGAGGAUGAGACACAGAGAGUCAAGCUGCUGCCAGGAUCAACACCGACGGCCGCGUCCUUUGAGUUUCUUGACGAGGGCCACACCCUUGGCAACUCUUUGCGGUACAUCAUCAUGAAGAACCCCGAUGUUGAGUUCUGUGCCUACACCAUCCCGCAUCCGUCCGAGGCGAAGAUGAACAUUCGCAUCCAGACAUACGAGGGUACCGCUCUUCAGGCGCUGGAGAAGGGUCUUCACGACCUGCAAGACCUAUGUGAUGUUGUUGAGGAGAAGUAUUGGACAGCACGGAAUGAGUUCGUCGCAGCGGCCACAGCAGAGGCGUAG